AACAACAUUCAAAUUAUUAAAUGAUGAUGAAUAGUAGUAGUAGGAGAGUGAGUUUUAGUGAUUUUGACAUCAAAUAUUACGAUUUGCCAUUCGAUAAGAAGCCAGCCACGAUCAACAACAACCCCACAAAGAAGAAGAAAAAGGCGGUUUCAACAGGAGGUCACCACUUUUGGGGAAGUAUGGUCGCGAAAGCUCUUCGGUUUGUGUCUAAUGGUAAAAGAUCGUCGAGAAAGGUUUCAUCUACGGAGGGUAAUUUGGCGAGAUCUAGGUCUUAUGUAGAUCAUGCGGCUGCCAUUAUUGAUUCACAUAGGGCUGAGGCUUUGGAGGAUUGUAUUGAGUUCUUAAAUUCUAGUUCUUCUUCAUACUAGCUAGCUAGUUAGUUAGUUAUCAAUAUUGUCUUCUUUUCAAAGAUGUGAAUGAUUAUAUUGUUUCUUUAAACUCUCAAUCAUAUUAUAAAAUAUAUACUGAAUUAAA